AUGGGCACCAAGCGCGGCACGCAGGUGCUCGAGGCCGCCGUCGCCGCGCCCUACGUGCUCGCGCUCGCGGGCGCCGCGGCCGGCGCGCUGCCGCUCGGGGUGCUGGCCUUCUCCGCGUUUUCGCUGCCCGCCGCGCGCGACCUCGUCCUCUUUGCCCGGGAGAACCACCGCGUCGCCGCGCGCAUCGCGCCGCUCAAGCGCUACGCGAUCAGGUGGCACGUCGCGUUCGCCCUCGCUCUUGUCGCCGGCCUGGCGCAGGCGGCGGGCGCCGCGCGCGGCGCGUCUGUCUGCAUCCCGGCCGUGCCCGGGUUCUGA